ACAUGAUUCGCUGGGAUUGCGGCGCCUGGACCCUUUUCUCAUAGUACCUUAUCCUCUCUCUUCCCAGAUGCAUAUUAUUGUUUCCGUUACCAAAUUAUUGCCUUUUAAUGUAAGAUAUUAUAUUGUAAUACAUAAAAAAAUAUAAAUGAGUGGCCUUUUCUCCAAGACAGGACAUCUUCGAUUUUUCCUCUUUUGAGGAUUACGACAAACCAACAACUCCAUCUUCCCAAAUCAGGAAAGUCCUCCUCUUUCUGGGAUUUCUCUGGAAAACCGAAAAAAAAAAGCCCCAAAUCUUUUUAUCCAAUACUGAUGGCGAUGGAAGUCUCUUCAGCCAAUGAACGCCUCCAUUUUGGGAAGAUGGGAUAUGGAUGUCAACAUUAUAGGAGAAGGUGUAAGAUUCGCGCUCCAUGUUGCAACGAGGUUUUCUCGUGUCGCCAAUGCCAUAACGAGGCUGCGAGCAUGUUAAGUAACCCCUUUGACAGACACGAGCUUGUUCGACAGGAUGUCAAACAAGUUAUCUGCUCAGUUUGUGACACAGAGCAGCCGGUUGCUCAACUUUGUUGAAAUUGUGGUGUCUAAAUGGGAGAAUAUUUCUGUGAAAUAUGCAAGUUCUUUGAUGAUGAUACCGAGAAAGGGCAGUUUCAUUGUCAUGAUUGUGGAAUCUGCAGAGUUGGUGGUCGAGAGAACUAUUUUCACUGCAAGAAGUGUGGCUCUUGCUAUUCCAUUGCUCUUCGAGACAAUCAUUUGUGUAUGGAGAAUUCUAUGCGGCAUCACUGCCCCAUAUGUUAUGAGUAUCUUUUCGAUUCGUUGAAAGAUUCCACUGUGAUGAAAUGUGGUCACACGAUGCACUGUGAAUGUUACCAUGAGAUGAUAAAGCGAGACAAAUAUUGUUGUCCCAUACGCUCCAAGUCACUAAUUGAUAUGUCUAGAACCUGGAAGGGGAUAGAUGAAGAGAUCGAAGCAACUGUAAUGCCUGAGGAUUACCGGUACAAGAAGGUGCUUUGUUCUGAAUUCCUGUUCAUGUCUGAAAAACCUGUUGCUGUACAUGAGUGUUGUCCAUCUGAAUUGAUUUUACAAUUGAAUGCAGGUAUGGAUCCUGUGUAAUGACUGCAAUGACACAACAGAGUUUACUUCCACAUAAUAGGACAGAAAUGUGGUCAUUGUAAAUCGUAUAAUACCCGCACAGUUGCCCCUCCAGUGCGCCCUCGAUGACUAGAUCAUGAUCGAGGAACCUACCCAGUGAGGUCAAUGCAUCUUUGAUUGCAUUUCCAAUCAUUUUAAUGUGGUUUUCAUUGGAUUGAUUAUGUAUCAGCUAUUAUGAUUCAAAUGACUGUAGCGUUUUCAUGUCUUUCUCAUAAACUUCUCUCGGCUUGUUCUUCUCCCAUUUUGGAGUUCAAAAGAAAACUGUGUGAAUGGUUCUUCGGUUGACGUGUACGAGAAUAAAAGACAAUUUUUUUUAUUGAGAACAGUGA